GUCGACAUGAGUUUCCUAAAAAUUCUUAAAUUUGAAACAUGGAGAGAGAUUGAGCUAUGCAGUUUAUGUUCUCCAAGAAUUAGAGAAAGAUAAUGUUGAUAAUCCUGCACUCAAAAUAAACAUAUUGUAUGAUGUUGCAUGCAUGUUGGUGAAACACUUACAGCAUAUGUGGUCACUUGACACCCAUCUGUCAACACAUAACCUGGACAUCUCAUUGGAUGACAAUCCUCGUUCUUUCAUAAUCUCACUGUAUGGGGUUCUUUACAAAAGCUUCUGAAAGGCUGUAAUUGAAGCAGCUGAUGGAUGUUCCACUACCGUGUCUGGUUUGUUCAAUGGUUGCGAAAACCAGGCAAUUUCCUCUUCAACUUCUACAUGUAUGCUUUUUAAGUUGCAACUGGUCCAUACUUGGCAUAGAUGUUACAUGGCAAAGAUCAACAACUGAAUCAUCAUCUGCACUGCAAUUUACACCUUUGGUAAACCAUUUCUCAAUCUUUGGCAACAAAGACUCAAAAGCCUGACCUCUAGUUAGCUUGCUCAGUACGGGAUCUAUCUUUUUUGAAGCUUUUUUGAGAGACAAAACCUCCAAAUAAAUUAUGUACAUAUAAUUAACAAAACUAAUUUCCAUUUCUAUAUUAUGAAUUUUUAAUGCAAGACUUUAAUCCUAUGUCAUGUCAGGGCCUAUAUUCAUGUUGCCUUGCACCCUCAUCCCCAUUGCACUGCAAAGGUCUGAACUAAAUAACCUAAAUAACUGCAUAAAAUUUGCAAGUAGUGCAAUGCAGUGGAAGUUCCGGGAGCAAUACAAUGGAAGGAGAACAAGAAAGUUGACAAUGCGCAUACGAUGAUGUUUUUUUACAAAAAAAGUUAAAGUGGGUAAAAUCGUAUUUCGCGACAAGACGAUAAAACAAUUCGCGCGCGUAACGAUGGUGACAUUUAAUAUUUAUCUUUCAGUUCACGUUUCACGUGACAAAUUUCAAUAUGGCUUCUGUGCUCCGAUCUCUCGAUUUAGCUGCAAGUCCCAAAUCAUUGGUGUCUUAUCAAAGUGAUUCUUCUAAUGAAGAGAGAAGUAAUAAUGAUAAAUCUAAAGAAGAUGAAAAGUCAAUUGAAAGCACUGUCAAUAUGGAGACUCUAAAAUCUAAGUUUCUUUUAAACAGCGCGCCAAUUGUUGAUGCUAAGGAAAGAAUUGAUUGGAGAAGACACAUCGAUCCUUCAAUGAAAGAAGUUACAUUUAAUGCAAAGUUAUGCAUUAGAUCCAAGUGAUGACACAGCUCACAUUGAAGAGAAAUUUGUUGGGGAUGUUGAGAAAGCAAAGGAUAGCAAGGGAUUGACUGUGUUUGAAGCUACAAAACAGCGGGCGGGAGAUAAGAGGAAGAGAGAGGAUAAGGGAGAUCCUGGUGUGAUUGAUGGAUACAAGGGACCAUGGAGUAAGUUUGUUGAUGAAGAAACUAUUGCUAAACCAUCUGAGGAAGAGUCAACAAUACUUGAGGAGUAUGAAUUAUCGAAAAAAAGCAAAUCAAAGAAAGAUGAUAUGAAACCUUCAGAAGAGAAAUCCACAUUACACAUUAAAGAUGCAUAUGACUAUCAAGGAAGAUCAUAUCUUCACAUUCCACAAGAUCUUGGCAUUAAUCUCAAGUCAGAUACUCCUCCAGAACGUUGCUUUCUACCAAAACAACAUAUUCAUACGUGUUCAUCCUUCUACCGUCGUGAUAAAAGAAAGCAAUGGAGAUAUUCUUACUUAUGUAUUAUUGUAUUAUUUUAUCUUUCUCUUAGGUCUGGUCACACUAAAGGUGUUUCUGCAAUAAGAUUCUUUCCGAAAUCUGCUCAUCUUCUUCUGUCGUGUAGCAUGGAUUGUAAAAUUAAGAAACUGCAAGAUGAUAUUCAUGUAAGCGCCAACGGCUCUGUUUUUGUAAAAUCUAACAUAAGACGAGGAAUUUUACCCAGAAUGUUAGAGGAGAUAUUAGACACACGUAUUAUGGUAAAGAAAGCUAUGAAAGAUUGUGAAGAUGAUAAAACUCUUCUUCAACUUCUUGAUGCUCGACAACUUGCUUUAAAGUUGAUUGCAAAUGUCACUUAUGGUUACACAUCCGCAAACUUCUCAGGACGAAUGCCUUGUGUUGAGGUAACUUUGAUCUUGUCAUGAUAGAAAUUUAAACAAACGAUAGCUCUCCCCAUUCCAUCUAAACAGACCUUG